UGCGUCGUUGUUAUUCUAAUUCGUUAAAAACGAAAAAAUCUACUUAAUACAUAGUGUUUUGUGUCGUGAUAAACGUUUCAAGUGAUUAGCGACCUAAUUUUGUAAAGUAUUAUUAUGAAUUUAAACUUAUUUACGUUUUUCGAGCCUGAAGUGUCGACUUCGUGCUUCAUAGCUGCAAUUCCACGUAAAUUGAGGAAGCUGAAUCGACGUAACGGUCUACGCCAGGAUGGCCAGUUGGCCGCUGAGAAUCGUUCUCCUGUCCAGCGCCCUCAUCCUUGUCCGUGGACGAGGAGUGGUGCUGGAUAGUCAGGGUCCGAUGUUGAUCUCGGAGCCACGCUCGUCGGUCGAAUUCUCGAACGAGACCGGAGCAAUGAUCCAUUGUUCGGCCCAGGGCAGUCCCUUGCCCAGGAUUGAUUGGCUUAUGGGAGACGGGUCACCUGUCCUUCCUAUACCUCACAUCCGUGAGAUGCUGAUGAACGGUUCGAUGUACUUCUUGCCGUUCGGGGCUGAGACCUACCGACACGAUGUCCACUCGGCCGUCUAUAGAUGUCAAGCCUCGAACAGCGUCGGCAGGGUGUUGGGCCGUGAAAUCACGGUAAAGGCCGUGGUGCGUCAGAAGUACGAGAUCCAAGUGCGAGACGCGUACGUCCUACCAGGAAAUACCGGUGUGCUCAGGUGCGAAAUACCGACGUUCGUUAAGGAAUACGUGGCAGUCACGUCUUGGGUUCGAGAUUCCGUCUACAACAUCUUCCCCACGCCGAAGAGCGAUGACAGACAUCACAUGCUGCCCACCGGAGAGCUGCUGGUGUUCUCGGUCACCUCGUCCGAUGCUCAAUCCAGUUAUCGAUGCAGGACCGUGCACCGAGUCACCGGUGACACCGUCGAAAGUUCUUCCUACGCCAGACUCGUGGUCACGGAUCCCCACAUACAAGUUCCACCGAGGUUCAACGAGAGGGUGAGUCCAGCCCCGAUCCGCACAGGCGAGACGAUCGUCCUGUCGUGCAUUUCCCAAGGAAUACCACCCCCGAUGUAUCUAUGGUUUCGCGAGUCCGUGACCGGCACGGCGAUGAUCUUCAAUUCAGAGAGGAUUUACGCGAGAGCGGGCGUGCUGGUGCUACAAUCAGCCAGACAAGAGGACGCCGGACGAUACGUCUGUCACGCGAACAAUACGGCCGGUUCCGAGAUGGUCGAAUUGGAGGUCUCCAUUAUAAGCAGCCUCUCCAUCCACCUAGUACCUCAACAGGUCACCGUCGACUUGGGCAAAGACGCUGAAUUUCAAUGCUCCGUCACGGGACAACCGGCUCCGGUGAUCUCGUGGACCAAGGACGGACUUCCGGUGAGAGAGGGCGCCUCCGGCAGGAGCAAGAUCACCGGAAACGAUGGAUCCACGUUGCACGUGUCCUCGGUCGCCAGGGAUGACAAGGGCAUGUAUCAGUGUUUCGCUAAGAACGACUACGAAAUGGUCCAAGCGGCUGCCGAACUUCGUUUAGGGGACGCGGCGCCGCAGCUUGUGUACAAAUUCAUCGAACAGACGAUCCAGCCAGGACCCUCGGUGUCGUUGAAGUGCAUAGCCACAGGAAAUCCGACUCCGCACUUCUCGUGGACCCUGGACGGAUUUCCUCUUCCUCAGAACGACAGGUUUAUGAUAGGCCAAUAUGUAACCGUGCACGGUGACGUAAUAUCACACGUGAACAUCAGCGUGGUGCACGUGGAGGAUGGCGGCGAUUAUCAGUGUACAGCAUCGAAUCGGAUGGCGAAGGUUCACCAUUCGGCUCGUCUCAACAUUUACGGUCUGCCUCAUGUACGUCCGAUGGGAAACUACGCUGCAGUAGCUGGAGAAACCACCGUGAUCAAAUGUCCGGUCGCUGGAUUCCCGAUCGCAAGCAUCACGUGGGAGAAAGACGGUAAAAUGCUACCAACAAGUCGCCGUCAGGAGGUGUUCGCCAACGGAACACUAAGGCUGCAUCACGUCGACAGGAGCACGGAUCAGGGUGCCUACACAUGUACAGCGAAGAACAAGCAAGGUCGAUCCGAUUCACAGACCGUUCACAUCGACGUGAAAGUUCCACCCACGAUAGCUCCCUUUAGCUUUAACAAGGAUCUCUCGGAGGGCGUGCGUGCCCAAGUAACUUGUAUGGUCGAGAAGGGUGAUCCUCCGUUCACGAUCGCCUGGUCCAAGGACGGCGAGCCGAUCGCCGGGCCCGGUUCAACAGGCUUCGGGAACACCGGGAUAACCGGUCCCAGACACAUUCAGCCACCCGCGGGCCUACGCGUAACCAACAUUGACGCCCAUUCCAGUACCAUAGUUAUCGAACGCGUCAACGCCGCUCACACCGGCAACUAUACUUGCAUGGCGCGCAAUUCGGUGGCCGAGGUCCUAUGGACGGCAGAAUUGAUCGUUCGUGUGCCACCCCGUUGGGUGAUGGAGCCCCAAGAUGUCCGCGCUUCGGAAGGAAUGUCGCGGCUGGUGCUUCAUUGCCACGCGGACGGAUUUCCGCCCCCGGCUGUGUCGUGGCGACGAGCUAGUGGCAAGAAGCCCGGCAAUUAUCACGACAUUGUCAUGCACGAGCACACGCAAGAUCUCAGGAUACACUCGAACGGAUCAUUGGUGUUUGGCAGAGUGCAGGAGGACCAUGAAGGCUUCUACUUAUGCGAGGCGGUCAAUGGAAUCGGCGCUGGACUCAGCAAAGUUGUGCAUCUGACGGUGAACGUGCCAGCCCACUUCGUGGAGAAACAUCGCAACCAAACAGCACGACUCGGCUCAAGCGCAUCGCUGCGUUGCGAGGCCAAAGGCGAUCAUCCCUUAAAAAUAUUGUGGAAAAAGGCGGGUUCUCAUUUGGAGCAGAAGUUGUCCGAUUACCGGUACAUGCUGAAGGAGGAAAACACCACCGACGGAAGUAUCAGCACGCUUGAAUUUAUUAGCACCAGCCGAGAGGACAGCGGAAGGUAUUUCUGCACGGCGUCGAACGCUUAUGGCCGCGACGAGAUGACGAUACACCUGUACAUACAAGAGCCGCCGGAUUUCCCGCGAAAUCUUCACGUGAUCGGAAAAGGGAGCCGCUACAUCAACAUCAGCUGGACCACCAGCCAGGACGGGAAUAGCCCGAUAACGCAGUACAUCAUCGAAUACAAAACUGACACUGAAGUAUGGCACGAUCACACAUUUCACACGACAGUGCCCGGCACUCAGGCACACGCGCACGUGAGCGGCUUGCGGCCAGCGGUUUCUUACCAAUUCCGAAUUUAUGCCGAGAACGAAUUGGGCCGUAGUCAAGCGAGCGACAUUUUGGAAACGACGACGGAAGGGGAGAAACCGGGAGGACCGCCGAGAAAUCUCAAGGUGGAUCCUGUCAGCUCGACCGAGUUUAACGUCACCUGGGAUCCACCUGAUCAUGAUUUAUGGAACGGGGAGAUACUCGGUUAUCACGUCGGCUACAAAGAACAUCGAUUGACCGCGGAUCAGUACACGUAUAGAACGGUGGAGAGGCGAAUUUCGACGGCGAGCGUCGCCCUGGGUCUAGCUAGAACAUCGAUGCCCGGGAGGCAAUACCAACUGACGAACUUGAAGAAGUUUACAAGGUACAGUGUGGUGGUGCAAGCGUUCAACGCUCUCGGUCAAGGUCCCAUGACGCCGCAAGUGGUCGCGACCACCCUCGAGGACGUGCCGAGCAGUCCACCUCAGGACAUACGGUGUACGGCGCUGUCCUCGCAAUCACUGCAGGUCUCCUGGGAGGCGCCUCCCGAGUCCAGUCUGAACGGUAUCCUGAAAGGGUACAAGGUCAUAUGGGAGAACAUGGACGCGCUGACCGAGUCCCCGAAGUCGGAAAUGAAGAUCACCAGCGUGAUCGUGAUUCGCGACCUCGAGAAGUACACGAAUUACUCCGUGCAAGUGUUGGCGUCUACCCGGGCUGGAGACGGUGUACCGUCCGCACCUUUGUAUUGCGUCACCAAGGAGGACCUGCCCGAGGUGCCAGCCGGUGUAAAAGCUGUCGUCAAGUCCGCGACAUCGAUUAUCGUCUCCUGGCAGCCACCGGUCAAAAGCAACGGGAACAUCACGUCGUACAACGUUCAUUUCCGAUGGAUCGGCCCGGAGGGAAAAUGGAAUACCAAGAAGCUUCCGCCGUAUCAGACCAGCUACCCGGUGGAGAAUCUUCACAAGAAGAAUCAGUACGAGUUUAAUAUCGCGGCGGUGACCUUGGUGGGAGAGGGGCCUAAAACUCAGCCCAUCAUCAUUUCACCUUCCAGCGAGGUUCGAGCGGCGAUAUAUUCGUUCGGCACCGUGCUAGUCGUCCCAUGGAAACAGAAUGUGACAUUACCUUGUCAAAGCGUUGGCAAUCCGGAGCCGUCUGUGACGUGGAAACAAUGGAGCCAGAUAGUGAAACCAUCUAGCAGGGUGUCCUUGUUACCGGAAGGUUCGCUGCAGAUCACGGACCUCCACAGGGAGGACAGCGGAAAUUAUACUUGUUACGUGAAAAACCGGCAUGGGUACGAUCAGAUCACUCAUCGGUUAACUGUGCAAGUUCCACCAGCAGCCCCGUUUCUCCACGCAACCGGCGCGUCCACGAAUUCGAUAAACGUGCAGUGGAAAAAUGGCGACGAUGGCGGCGCUCCAAUCAGGGGUUACAUUCUGCACUACAAAAGGGAGUCCGGCGAAUGGGAGGAGGUAAAAGUGUCCCACAAAAUCAACAGUUUCGUCCUGUCACGGUUAUGGUGCGGCAACGAUUAUCAAAUGUAUCUGACGGCGUACAAUCGGAUCGGUAUGGGUUCCCCUAGCGAGAUCGUGAAAGCGACAACGAAGGGUUCCAAGCCGGAAGAUUCGCCCAGCAACGGAGAUAAAUUCGUGACGGUGAACGUAUCGUGGAUCACUCUUCAUCUGAGCGCGUGGAACGAUGGCGGAUGUCCUAUCACGUAUUUCGAGUUGGAGUACAGGAAAAAUGGAGAGGACAUUUGGACGUUGGUGUCGAAUAACAUCGAGGUACAAAAGACAUACACGCUGAGCGAGCUCCAACCCGGAACGACCUACGACAUCCGAAUAAGGGCGCACAAUAACGCGGGUUUCUCGGUCGCCGAGUACAGAAUAACGACUCUGCAACCUCACACCAGCACCACGAUACCAGCCGUCGAGAUCGAUCACUAUAUUCCUCAGCACACGUCCGUCUACUCGGAUUUGAAGCUGAUCAUCCCGCUGAUACUAAGCUCGUUGGCGUUCAUCGCUGCGGCGGGUGCUGUGUUUUACUGUUUCCGGAAACGUCCGUUUAUAGGGGAAAUGGCGAGUUUGCACGACGCUCAAACAGCAGCGGCCUUAGACAAUAAGCAGAACAUGGAACAACGCGAGCAGUAUUACGCAACGGUGCGCAAACCGCUCCGCUCGCCGAUCCACGAGAUGGCUACCUUGGAAAAGAUUCCAGAAUACUCGGAGGAAAUUUAUCCGUACGCGACGUUCCAGCUGGAGGAAAGUGUCCCACCAGGAGGCGAUAGCCGAUGUAAUUCCGCGGCACCUCUUCAGACGUUCGUCUAUCAUGAUCCUCGUUUGUCCACCGCCGACACUCUUCAAUUACGAGAGACUUCCUGUACCAUGGACCAGAAUCUAGCACGUCUACAGAACCCUCACCGAUUUUUGAGAGAAAAUCGUUUCCUGGAAGGGGAAGACCCAAGAUGUUACAGUUGGCGCGUCAUACCAGCGAGGAGACCCGUUCCAACUUCGGCCCAAUCUCCGGGUUUGGCAAUUCCAAGCACCAGUCGAGCACUUCCUGUUCCAAUCGGGACCAGGAGCGUGAUGGAUCAGGGAACUUGUUCAUCCCCAAGUUGGACCCACCCACGGGCUUCUCCGACGCGUUUGAGCUAAGCGAGGCGGAAUGCGACCUAGAUCGCGGCCACAGCAGCCAACGAAACGUCCGUGACUUCGUAAUCGCGGUGUAAAUAAA